UUACACAGGAACAGGAGGAGGCCCAUUCAGCCCCUUCGAACCUUGGGUUCUCUAACACCGAGUGGUCCCUUCCCCGGCUCUGGCCAGCAGCAGUGCGAUUGGAGACUGGGAGCAGGAGGAGAUUGAGGCCUUGGACGGCGAUUCCCGAUUUAGUUUUGCAGGGUAACUGGCACCUGGCAACAUCUGGAGGAGACGCAGAGAGUCCGGAAUGAGCAACUUGCAGAAAUCCAAUCACAUCUACAAGGCCAAGAAGGAGACGGGGAUCAGGGCCCUCAGUGACCACGAGCUGAUCCAGUUGACGGUGCGGGACCUGAACCAGCAGCUGCGGGGCCUGUCCAAGGAGGAGGUGGCGCGGCUCAAGCAGCGGAGGCGCACGCUCAAGAACCGGGGCUACGCGGCCAGCUGCCGGGAGAAGCGGGUGUCCCAGCGGGAGGAGCUGGAGCACCAGCGGGUGGCCCUGGCCGCCGAGGUGGACGGCCUGGCCCGGGAGAACUCCAGCAUGAAGGGCGAGCUGGACUCGCUGAGGGCCCGCUACCUGGCGCUGCAGGCCUUUGCCCGCUCCAUGGGCCGUGGCACACUGGUGCCCACCCGCGUCGCCACCAGCGGCGUCAUCACCAUCGUCAAGCCGGAGGCCAAGAAGUCCGACGUGUGACACCACGCCCCCCCCCCACCCCCUCCGGGCUGCCUCCUCUGGGUGAGGAAGUUAUCCCUCGCGUCCCCCUCUCAUCCUCCCCCCCCCCCUUCCCAAGCACCGUAAACCCCGUGGCCCCCCUCGGUAACUCACCUCUCCGCUGAGCGGGGAAACAGGCCUUCCCUGUCUCCCCCCUCCGGAGCCCCUUGUCACUUAGUCCCGCCCGGUUAGGUCACCUCCUCUGUUGUCAGGCGAAACCCAAACUCCACCCCCCCCCUCCACCCCUCCCACCAAGCCCAUCCCCUCGUCCUCCUCACGGCUGCAAUUUUCAAGAUCUGGCAAUGUUCUUGUGAAUCCCCUCUGUACCUCUCUGUCCAGAGCGAUUUUGUCCUUCCUGUACAUAGCCACAAUUUUCAAAAUCUGGCAACGUUCUUGUGAAUCUCCUCUACUCUCUCUCUCGAGCGAUUUUGUCUUUCCUGUACAUAGCCGCAAUUUUCAAGAUCUGGCAAUGUUCUUGUGAAUCUCCUCUACUCUCUCUAGAGCGAUUUUGUCCUUCCUGUAAUGUGGCAACCACAACUGUACACAAAUUUCCAGCUGUGGCCUAACCCUCACCUUGCUCAGUUCCAGCAUCACAUCCCCCCCCACCCCGCUCUUGUAUUCAAUACCUCGCCCCGGUAAAGGAAAGCAUUCCUCGCGCUCUCUGUGCCACCGUUACCCACCAUCGGGGAACCUGUGGACAUGCACUCCAAGGUGUCUCACUUCCCUCUCCCCUUCCCAAAAGUCCUCCCAUUUAUUGAGUAUUCCCUUGCUUUGUUUGUCCUCCCCCGGCACUCUUCCGGACUGAAUUCCAUCGGCCGCUUUUCUACCAUUGAUUUCGUGCUGGAGUCGCGAGCUAAUCCUCUUCGGAGUCAUCUGCAAGUUUCUCAAUCGUGCCUCCCACCUUGGUGUCCAAACUGUUAAUAUAUACAACAAACAGCAAGGGGCCCCAACACUCAGUCCCGUGGAACGCCAGUGGAAACCGUUUUCCAUUCGCAAAAAAAAAAAAAUCCAUCAAAAAAAGACCAUCCCUUUGUUUCCUGUCCCCGGGGUAGUUAUGUAUCCAGCUCGCCACCUUCCCCUGUAUCCCAUGAGCGCUCACUUUCCUGAAUAGUCUGCUGUGUGGAACUUUUGUCAAACGCCUUGCUAAAAUCCAUGCGGACCACAUCCACUGCACUACCCUCAUCAAUCCUCCUCGUCAGUCCCUCAAAAUAUUUGAUUCGAUUAGCGAGACCCAACGUUCCCCUAACAAAGCCAGGCUGACUGUCGCUCAUCAAUCCGAGCUUUUCUAAGUGACAGUUUAUCCUGUGUCUCAGAAUUGAUUCGAAACAAUUUGCACCCCCCACCCCCCCCACCGAAGUCAAGACUGAUUGGCCGAUAAUUUGCUGGCCCAUCCCUCACACCCUUUUUAAACCGUGGCACAACGCUGACAGAUCCUCCAAUCCUCUGCGACCUGUCCUGUAUCGAGUGACGAUCUGGAAAACGAUCCUCAGAGCAUCUGCUAUUUCCUCCCCAGCUUCCUCCAAGGGCCUGGGACACAACCUCAUCCGGCCCUGGCGAUUUAUCCACCUUCGAGGAUGCCAGUCCCCCCUGUACUUCCUCUCUCUCGCUAUGCUUAUUGUAUCUAAUACUCCACAAACCUCCUCUUUUGAACUGCAAUGUCCGCAUCACCCCUCUCUUUUGUGAGGACAGAGACAAAGUACUCAUUGAGAACCCUGUCCACAUCAAUGCACAAGUUACCAUGUACAUCUCGGAUAGGCCCCAACCUUUCCUUACCCUCUUGCUCUUAAUGUACUGGUAAAACAUCUUUGGGUUUGGUUUUAGCUGCCAAUAUUUUUUAAUAUCCUCUCUUUGCCUUCCUAAUUUCCCUUUUUGCUUCACCCCUGGACUUUCUAUACUCCUCGAGGCUUUCUACAGUAGGUAUUUUUGUGACUGACAUACACUCUUUCUUUCUCUGCUUCAUCUUACCCUGUACACUUCUGGAUGACCGGGGCUCUAAAUCGACAGCACCCGCUGUGGGGACAUAUCCACGCUGCGCCUGCAGAAUCUCGCUUUUGAAUGUCUCGCAGAACGGUCCCUCGAGCCUGCUCCGGCAUUCAAAAAGAUCGUGGGCUGAUCUGAAUGCAACAACCACCCCGCACCACCAACCCCCCCAACCAAACAUUCCUGCCUCCCCACCCCCGAUAACCUUUCACUCCCUCUUUGAUCAAGAAUCUAUCUCGCUCUUGCCUUCGAAACAUUCGAAGUCUCGGCUUCCACCGCCUUUCGAGGGAGAGAGUUCCAAAGGCUCAAGACCCUCAAAGAUAAAAGUUCUCCCCUGUUUUAAAAUGAGCGACCCUUAUUUUUAAACAGUGGCCCCCCCCAGUUCUAGAUUGUCCCACAAGAGGAAACACCCUCUCCACAUCCAUCCCGUCAAGUCCCCUCAGGAUCUUAAAAGGUUUCAAUUAAGUCAUCUCUUACUUUUCUAACCUCCAGUGGGUACAAGCCUAAAUAUCCAGCCUUUCCUCCCAAGACAACCUGCCCAUUCCUGGUGUUAAUCUGGUGUGUCUUCUCUGGACUGUGUCCAACGCAUUUACACCCUCCCUGAAAUAAGGAGACCAAUGCUGUACACAGUGGUCCAGAUGUGGUCCCACAAGGGCCCUGUACAACUGAAGCAUAACCUCCCUGCUUUUGUAUUCAAUCUUGAACUGAGGAAACUGUUUCAGCUCCAGAUUUGUCCUGGGGGCGUUUGUUCUUCGACAGGUCCUGCGAUCACUUGCUCGUGAAUUGCGUUUGUUCAGGAGCUUUGAAGUUGUUCACCAAAUAUACUCAGAGAUCAUAAAGUC